AUGAGGUCGAACCAGCAUCGUUCAACACAUUACCUGCCACAUCGUCCACUGCACCGCUCGCGCUUUGAAAAUCACUCAAGAGCGCAGAGCGAUCACGCUCUCGUCGCCGACCCGGCGACGGUGAUUGGUUGUGCUAUUAUCACUAUCGCUACGGGUAUGACGCGCGUAAAUGCAAACCGCUGUGCUCAAAACUACAAACAAAUGAUACGAGUAAUAAUCAGGAAAACUAAAGAAGACACCGACCGUGGCGGACGUCGGUGUGACCCAAGGAACCUACCGCCUAUGUGUUAUAGAUAG